AUGGCUUGUGAAGUGGUACAGGCACUGGAUGUGUUGUGGGGCUUCUUCCUGCAUACCAACGACAUCACCACUGCUACCUGGAACAGAGUAGUUGCAAGGAGGUGGUUCGUUCUAAUGGGAGACUGGGAGAAGUGA